AUGAAGUUCACACUCGCUUCCCUAGCCCUCCCCCUGCUAGCAGCCUCCGCACCAACCCCCGAGCCAGCUACCAACCCAGCCUUCACUGUGAUGGCCAUGCGCUCCGCCUCGCCCAUCCACUUCUUGCAGAUGAACGCUGUCGGUCAGAAGUUCUGGCUCGGCGGGAAAACAACCUCCUACUGCCCGGAACAGGUGGAGCCAAACUGCCCACCUGGAGACCAAACCGUCUUCGCUCCUGGCGGCUCCUCUCUGGACACCAUGGUUCCUGGCGGCCAGCAGGUCUACAUUGACCCCAAUGGAGCCCUCAGCUUCACCCAGGCUCACUCGGCCAAUAUCCCCCAGGGCUCCUCGCGAGGCCCGUUCCAGUACGCUGUUGGUGACCCUUGGAGUCACUACACCUUCAAUGGCUGGGGCGCCUCUGGUUUCAUGGCUUGCCCGGCUGAUGAUAACCGCUGGCAGGUGUUUGCGGCUAUUCAGAAUGCUACUGUGCCCCAUGGCAAUGUUGAUGAGUGUCUUGGAUUCUCUGCUACCGCCAUAACUUAUGAGGGGGAUGUUCCUGCCUGGCAGUAUAUCUAG